ACCAGAGGGCGUAUUGUCCUAUCUGAAAAUUUAAGUGUUGGUUUGAAACUUGAAAACAAAUCUGUUAAUCCAAUUACGGUAAAUUAAUUUCUAACAAAUAUGGAAGACGAUUUAGAAGAAAUGCGUCAGCUAAGAGAAAUGAGGAAGAAAGAUAUUCAGGAAAAAUUAAAGGCUAACAAUUCAAAAACUUCAAGUUUGAAAGAAGAAAACGAUGACAUGAAUAAGGUGAUGGGGUUUUCAGGAUUUGGAAAGAAAGCUAGAACAUUUGAUUUGGAAUCUCUGUUUGAUCACACAAGAAGAAUUGCUGCCAAAAAGUUUCAGUCAGGCUCAAAAAAAGAUAAUGAUGUACCAAAAGAAGAAAAUUUAGAAACACAACUUGAAAAGGCUACACUUGUUCCUGAUGCAAAUGAAGGCAAAGAUGAUGACGAUAAUUGUGAUGAUGAUGAGGAGGAGGAAGAUUUAAAUAGAUAUUCAGAAAUUCCCGCAAGCCAUGAAAUCGAGCUUAAUCACGGACAAAAAUCUGUUUCUUCUCUUGCACUGGAUCCAAAUGGUGCCCGCUUGAUUACCGGAGGGUAUGACUAUGAUGUCAAAUUUUGGGAUUUUGCAGGAAUGGAUGCAAGCUACCAGUCAUUUCGAAACUUAAGACCAUGCGAAUGCCAUCCAAUAAAAAAUCUUCAAUAUAGUAUAACUGGAGAUGCAAUAUUGGUAAUAUCUGGAAAUGCUCAAGCAAAAGUCUUGGAUAGAGAUGGAUUUGAAUUAUUCGAGUGUCCUAAAGGAGAUCAGUAUAUCAGAGAUAUGGCUAAAACUAAGGGUCAUGUGACAAUGUUGAAUGAUGGAUGUUGGCAUCCGAAAGACAAGAGAGAAUUUUUGACCUGUUCUAAUGAUGGUACAUUAAGGCUAUGGGAUUUUCAUGAUGCGAAGAAAAUGAAAGUUAUUAAACCAAGACAGAUUACAGGAUUAAAAGCAAACCCUUUAAGCUGUAAUUACAGUAGAGAUGGUAAUUUAGUAGCUUGUGCAUGUCAAGAUGGUUCUAUACAAAUGUGGGAUCAUAGGAAAGCAUAUGUGAACACUUCUAUAUUAAUUAGAAUUGCGCAUGAAAAAGGAACGGACACUUCUUGUAUAAGUUUUUCAUACGAUGGAUUGAAUUUUGCCACUCGAGGAGGUGAUGAAACAUUAAAAUUAUGGGAUUUAAGAAAUUAUAAACAACCUGUCAGUGUUGCUAAAGGACUUUAUAAUAGGUUUCCUGAGACAGACUGCAAUUUUAGUCCAGAUAAUUCUCUCAUAAUGACAGGAACAUCUCUUCAGAAAGGAGAAAAUUAUGGAAAAUUAGUAUUUUUAGAAAAAAAUACUUUAAAAAUUUCGUAUGAAAUUGAUGUUACAAAUGCUAGUAUUAUUCGUAGUAUUUGGCAUCCAAAACUUAAUCAAAUUAUGUUGGGAUGUUCAAAUGGCUUAGUGAAAAUUUAUUAUAAUCCUGAUUAUAGUGAAAGAGGAGCAAAGUUGUGUGUAAUGAAACCAAAACGAAGAGAGAAAAAAUUAGAAAUUGUUGCUCAAGAACAAAUUAUUACACCUCAUGCCCUACCUUUGUUUCGAGUGGAGCGUAGCAGAAGUACAAAGAAACAAAUGGAAAAGGAUAGAAAAGAUCCGGUAAAGUCUCAUCGUCCUGAUUUACCUGUUACAGGACCAGGACAGGGAGGAAGACUUGCAUCUGCAGGAAAUACAUUAUCAUCUUAUAUUGUUCGAAAUCUCGGUCUCAAAAAGAGAGUAGACGACAGUGUUGAUCCUCGUGAAGCCAUCUUGAAGUAUGCUAAAGAAGCUGCUGAAAAUCCAUAUUGGGUAACUCCUGCAUAUUCCAGGUAAGUGAAAUAAACAGGAAUUUUGAAUCUAUUUACUGAUCUGUUGAUUUUGAAAGUGAAUUUUUGAAUUGAAAUUAUUGAUUUAUUAAUCCUUAACUGAAUCAAUUAUCAAGUAGUUUUGUAAGCACUUUGAAUUUAAUAUUUCUUAUCAGUUUUAUCAGACAGAAAAUGACUUGUUUUUGGAUGAAAAAUAAAUUUGAAAAUGGUCGAUAAUGAUUUGUAUUGCUUACUCCAGGACAU